CAAGUAUUAAUAUUUCCGCCUCACAUACCAAAAAACCAGAAAACCUCCACAUAUUUCAGGUUCAAACGGUUUUUGCAGUAAAAGCAUUGAGUGUAUAAUUUAUUUGGACUAUAAACAAAAAAGAUUUAGUGGUUAUUCUGAAAAUAGCCUACUUGAUUGUAUAUUUGGUGCCUUUUCUUAGAAAUUGAAACAGAAUCAUUAAGUCUACACUUUUUUCAAUGCCAUUGAGUUUUGAAGGAGCAUUCAAAGCCAAAAGAAACGUCAAUUUAGGCGGAAAACGCACGACGAAUGAUCGUGGUGAGUUGGUUAGAAAAGCUGCGAUUGAACGAAAAAAUCGAGAGGAAAGACGAAAAACAGAGUUUGUGUCUAUUCAGUUGCAAUCUCUUUCUCGUGGAGUUCUUUGCAGAGAACGAAUAAAAAACGAAUUUCGCUCACAAUGGUACGAAAAUUAUUUACCGGUUGGUGCUCAUCAGCUUAACGUAUCUGACUGGGACAAAUUGAGUGAAUGUAUACAGAAGUUUGUUAUUUUUGCAGAUCCUCAACUGGAAUUUGGAGCUUUACAGAACGUAAUCAGCGCAUUGCUUGAUUUUUUGCAUAGUGAAUUUUCCCCUAAAGAUUUGACGUCUUCCAAAAGUAAAUCAGGCGGGUCAGAUGAAAAGAUCAAGGAAGCAGAAUUAUCAAAUUUCUAUUCAAUUAAAUCUGAACUUUCUUCUCUCAGCUUUCCUUGGGUGUGGAAGCGGUUUACUACCCUUUGUUUAAAGUCAUUUAGCAAGGCGCUUCCAAUUAUUAAGGAAGAAAGGCAGUAUGCAGAUUUAUACCCGUUUUUAGAAGCUUUAGGCUAUUUCUCUGUCUUUCUUGAGGUUUAUGAAAUUCCUAUUUACUAUGAUUGUUUAAUGACCUUUUACGAAUAUUCUCACCUUCAACAAGAAUUUUCCAUGUUUAGGAGUGCAUUUUCCUUUUCUCUUUUAAGUCCUCUUGACGAUACAAAAGAUACCUUCAAUGAAGUUCAGCAACUUUUUAUUUUUCAUGUUUUUACGCGUGAUUCCUAUGAGUCUUUGCUUGAUAUCAUUUCAUCCAACUUGGUUGUUUCGAAAAUAUUUCCUUCUUUGUCUUUCGCCAAAGAAGCGGAUAUCAUGUCUUCUCUAACAAGUUUAGAAACCUCAAAAUUAUUCUGUCUGGCAGGCGCAUGUCUCCAUUUAUUGCAUGUAGAAGUUCAAUCUUCAACGUUAUGGUGUUUUUGCUCGUUAGCUUUGGAUGCCCUAUAUACUCAUUCUGAAAACUCUGUCAUCAAUCGCUUUAAUGCUCCCGUAGACUUGGAAGAGGAUGAGGAUGACGAAUUUUCGUUUGUUCAAGACUACUAUGCUCACGUACAAGUUGUUGCUAAGCAAUUUAACAAAUUACUAACCUCUCAAAAUUUGAGUACUCAACGUGCUUUUGCUGAAGCUUUAUCAUCCAACUUUAUAACCAAGGUCUUUACUGAGAUUACGAGUUCUACAAUAUUGAACGUUUCCCAUUUUUUCUCGUCUAUGUUAAAGCUAUUUCCUUCAAAUCGCACUUCCACAUUAAUGUACGUAUCCUUAAUUGACCAUGUACGUGUAGAACCGAACAGCUCAUUUGUACAAUAUUCCUGGGAUAUCUUUACCGAGUCUCCCAUAUAUCACUUAUUCUCGAGGAAAGUCGAUGUCAACAGUAUUAUGCAAACUAACUCCGGUUAUUGGUAUCAACUUCAAUUGCUACUUGACGUUUACUCUCGCAUGUUGUUUACAAUGGUUGACGAAGAGUUUCAUAGCGUCCAGCAUAAUCCAUUGUAUAAUACACGGGACAAAUUAUGUAUCCUUCUAAAAAAUCUUGUUUUGGGAUUGUAUUGGGAUGUUUACGCAUCCAAAGAAGUAAACGACAAUUCACUGGUUGAUAUAACUCAGCUUAGGGUUUCUUCAACAUCUCUUCUUCAACGAUUGUUCCGAAUUAAUUAUCGAAAACCAUAUCUACAUGAAGAUUUCUUUUUGAUGGAAGAAUAUUUCAACUUGAAUGAAUUUGAAACGGGAGCACUGCAAGAGGCACAGUCUGCUUCCACUAUGGAUAUUGACUUAUCUACAGGUAUGAAAGUCGAUAAUUAUAAUGAAUCAAGACCAAAACUGAACAUUUUGAAUAACUGCUCCUUUUUCUUACCAUUUCGUUUUCGUAUUCAUCUACUUCAGCAACUUAUUACAAUGGAUAAGCAAGCAAAUGGUUUUAUACAACCAUUUGGUCAUUUAAAACAUGCGGUUAUUCGUCGAAAUCGAAUUUUUGAUGAUGGUUUCGAUGCAUUUUACAAUCUAGGAAAAAUGUUCAAAGGAUCCAUCCGAAUCACGUUUGUGGAUGAGCAUGGUGUGGUAGAGGAAGGAAUUGACGGCGGUGGUUUGACAAAAGAAUUUUUGACAAGUAUAUGCAAAACUGUUUUUGAUAUAAAUUAUGGUUUAUUUAGCGAAACGAAGGCACAUCUACUCUAUCCUAACACUCAUGCAUAUGCACAAGAUAUUGAGCGAUUACGUUGUUAUGAAUUUUUAGGAAUGCUGAUCGGCAAGUGUAUAUAUGAAGGAAUACAAAUAGAUGCCGCGUUUGCUCCUUUCUUUGUAUCAAAAUGGCUAGGACAUCCUAGUUAUUUUGAUGAUUUGACAAGUUUGGAUAACAAUCUGUAUGAGGGAUUGAUAUUUCUUAAACAUUAUGAUGGCGAUGUAGAAAAUGACUUGGCUCUCAACUUUACAGUUGUCCAUGAAGAAUUUGGUGUUCGCAAUGUCAUUGAAUUAAUUCCCAAUGGGGGAAAUGUGGCCGUGACAAAUGACAACCGAUUGCAAUAUAUUCAUCUAAUCUCUAAUUAUUAUUUGAAUGCACGCUUAUCUAAACAAUGCCGGGCAUUUACAAAUGGUUUUACUCAAAUCAUUGAUCCUCACUGGCUGGCCAUGUUCCAUGAGAACGAGAUUCAAGUUUUAGUAGGCGGAGAUCCAGUACCCAUCGACGUGAGUGAUUUGAAAAAACACACAGUUUAUGCUGGUGGUUAUGAAUUAAACUCUCCUACUAUUCAACUGUUUUGGGAAGUGCUUCGAGAACUUGAUGAAGAAGAUAAGCGUAAUUUUGUAAAGUUUGUCACGAGCGUUGCAAGGCCACCAAUUUUAGGUUUCAAAGCACUUAUGCCAUCUUUUUGUAUCCGGACGAAUGGCGAAGAUGAAUCUAGACUGCCUACUGCAAGCACGUGUGUUAACUUGUUGAAGUUACCUGUGUAUACAUCUAAAAAGACAUUAAAAGAGAAACUAAUAGUAGCUGUUCGUUCUGGAGGUGGUUUCGGAUUCAGCUAAAUGCCAUUUUGUUUGUUAUUAUUAUUAAUGAACUUUUUUCGUCUCCAUCUAUGGUUAACUAGGUAAGACAUGAUGUUGAUGAAGUUUAUAUUUAUGAAAUUUUUUUUUUCGUUUCGUCUUCAUUGU